AGAUGUCGGAUCGGUCAUGUGAUCAGCUGUGUCCAAUCACAGCUGAUCACAUAAGUGCCACCUGUCAGUGUCCAUCAGUGCCAGCAGUCAUUGCUCAUCAGUGCCACGUGCCAGUGCCCAUCAGUGCCACAUCAUUGCUGCAUACCAGUGCACAUCAAUGCCACAUAUCAGUGCCCAUCUGAGCUGCCUUUCAAUGUCACCCAUCAGUGCCAGUCAGUGCCACCUAUCAAUGCCAAUCAGUGCCACCUAGUGUUGCCUAUCAGUGAGCAUCAGUGCCGCCUAACAGUGCCAGUCAGUGCGCCUAACAGUGCCAUAUAUCAGUGUCAUGUAUCAGUGCUGCCUUUCAGUGCCCAGUGAUGUCUGUCAAUGCCCAUCAGUGCCACCUACCAGUGCCUCCUUAUCAGUG